AUGUCAAUAGUUCUAAAUCACAAUCAUGUACAUAGGCUACUGUAUUUUGCUGAGAGAAAAUCCGAACAGCCUGUGGCAAUAAAUUUGGAUUCGUUGUACGAUGCCGUCGAACAAGAGAAAGAAGUUGCAGUGAAGUUAAAUUCGACUCCGAAGGAAGCGACUAAGACUAAAAAGCGGAAGGAAAAAGGAGACAACAACGAGGCUCAAAAGAAGAAAAAAAAGAAGAAGCCAUCGGACCAAAAAUCCAGCAAUCAGCAGAUGGAAAAUGACAGCAUCAUUCAAUUUUUAGAUUCGCCAACUCAUUUGAGAGGUACAGAUUCGACAUCUUACGGUUCAACGCAAGGGAAUCUGAUAUUUUAUUUGCUGUUGACUAUAGUGGAGUUGGAUUAA